AUGGAGGUCGACACAGUUGAUGCGCCCACUUCAAAGGUGCGCGACAAUGGCGCACUCGCCGUUCAAGGCGCCAGAACAGAACUCGUUCCUCGUCAGGAGCGAGAACGUGCUCGCCGAAUCCGAGAAGCAAACAAAGCCUACGGUCGAGGGAAGAAGGUCAACAUCAAGGCCAUCAAGGACAAGAAGCUUCGAAGCAACAUGAAGCGCCUUGAGGGCAAGUACCAGGAUGCUGCGCUGAAAGCCAAAGAUGCCGAGAUCUUGCUCGAGAACACAUCUGGCUUUCUCGAAGCUGAGGACGAGCUCGAACGAACAUACAAAGUCCGACAAGACGAUAUUACUUCGGAUAUUGCCGUGGGGACUGCGCAAAAGCGAUUCGAGCUCAAGCUGGACGAUCUGGGGCCAUAUCACUUCGAUUACUCGAGGAAUGGGCGGGACCUGUUGCUCGGUGGUCGAAAGGGUCAUGUUGCGACGAUGGACUGGCGAGAGGGUAAGCUUGGUUGCGAAUUGCAGCUGGGUGAGACCGUAAGGGAUAUCAAGUGGUUGCACAACAACCAGUACUUUGCUGUUGCGCAGAAGAAGUACGUUUAUAUCUACGAUCACAAUGGCGUCGAACUGCACACUUUGAGGAAGCACCAGGAGGUGUCUCAUAUGGAGUUUUUGCCAUACCACUACCUAUUAGCAACAAUCCGUCAGGGCUCUGUCGGUUUCCUUAAAUACCAGGACACGUCAACAGGUCAAUUAGUCGCCGAAAUUCCCACCCGAUUAGGCCAACCAUGUUCCCUCAAGCAGAACCCCUGGAACGCUAUUCUACAUGUCGGCCACCAGAACGGAACAGUCACACUAUGGUCGCCCAACACCCAAGAUCCUCUUGUUAAACUGUUAGCGCAUCGGGGACCCGUACGAGACUUGGCCAUCGACCGUGAAGGUCGAUACAUGGUGUCAGCUGGUCAGGAUCAGAAGAUGGCAGUCUGGGAUCUGAGAAUGUUCCGAGAGGUUAACAACUACUUCACACGCCAGCCUGUAUCUUCACUGGCGAUUUCAGAUACUGGCUUGACAGCUGUUGGAUGGGGUACUCAGACGACAAUCUGGAAGGGUCUUUUCGACAAGAAUGCCCCUGUUCAAGAAAAGGUCCAAAGCCCUUAUAUGGCCUGGGGUGGUGAGGGCAAGCGUAUUGAGCGCGUGCGCUGGUGCCCCUUCGAAGAUGUUCUCGGCCUCGGUCACGAUUCAGGCUUUUCUUCCAUCAUCGUCCCUGGCGCUGGUGAGGCCAACUACGACGCACUGGAGGUCAACCCCUUCGAGACUGCCAAGCAACGACAGGAGUCCGAAGUGAAGGGUCUGUUGAACAAGCUUCAGCCCGAUAUGAUCGCCCUCGACCCCAACUACAUAGGAAACUUGGAUUUGCGAUCCGACAAGCAGCGCCGCGCAGAGAAGGACCUCGAUACACCAGCCACAGAUAUCGCCGAGGAGAUCCGCAAGCGAGCAAGAGGCAAGAACGGCGCGCUCAAGAAGUAUUUGCGCAAGCAACGAAAGAAGAACAUUAUCGACGACAAGAGAUUGCAGGUGGACGAGAUCUGGAAGGAGCAGCAGGCCAAGAAGGACAAGAAGCAGAUCGAGGCGGAAGCGGAUCUGGGCCCGGCGUUGGCGAGGUUUGCGAAAAAGGAGUAA